AUGGCCAUCCAGACUGAGCUCACCCGCGCCCUCGGCAUCAAGAUCCCCCUCGUCCAGGGUGGAAUGCAGUGGGUCGGCACCGCCCCCAUGGCUGCCGGUGUCGCCGCCGCCGGUGCGCUCGGUAUCCUCACCGCCCUCACCCAGCCCUCGCCUGACGCUCUCCGCGCCGAGAUCCGCAAGACCCGCGAGAUGCUCAAGGGCACCGACGGCAAGUUCGGUGUCAACAUCACGCUUCUUCCCUCGAUCACGCCCCCCGACUACGCCGGCUACGUCAAGGCCGCGAUGGAUGAGGGCAUCGACAUUUUCGAGACUGCGGGCAACAACCCCGGCCCGAUCAUCAAGCUCAUCAAGACCUACGUUCCCGCGGGACAGAGCAGCGUCCCGAAGCGCUACGUGAUCCACAAGUGCACCGCUGUGCGCCACGCGCUCUCUGCCCAGAAGCUCGGUGUUGACAUGCUCUCGAUCGACGGCUUCGAGUGCGCCGGUCACCCGGGAGAGGACGACAUUGGUGGUCUCGUCCUCAUGGCCCGUGCCGCCGAGGAGCUCAAGAUCCCCUUCAUCGCCUCGGGUGGUAUCGCCAACGGCCGCGGCCUCGCUGCCGCCCUCGCCCUUGGCGCCGCCGGCGCCAAUAUGGGCACCCGCUUCAUGUGCACAAAGGAGUCGCCGAUCCACCAGAACAUCAAGCAGAAGAUUGUCGACUCGAACGAGAAGGACACCGUCCACAUCUUCCGCUCGCUCAAGAACACGGCCCGUGUCUUCAAGAACAAGGUAUCCGUCGAGGUCGUCCGUCUCGAGCGCCGCCCCGAGGGUGCCAGAUUUGAGGACCUCCGUGACCUCGUCUCUGGCGCUCGAGGCAGGACCGUCUACGAGGACGGUGACCCCGAUGCUGGAAUCUGGUCUGCGGGUGUGACCGUCGGCCUGAUCCACGACAUCCCGAGCUGCAAGGAGCUCUGCGCCACGAUUGAGCGCGACGCCGAGCAGGUCAUCAACGGCAUGCAGAAGCUGGUCACGCCCAAGGCCAAGCUCUAA